UUCAACUUGAUACAAAAUGAACAAAUCUGAGGUUAUAAUUUUGAAUGUUGGUGGGACAAAGUUUGCUACCUCUCCUGCUACCCUCAGGAAAUGGCGAGAUUCUAAGCUCGCACGGAUGUUGGAAGGAGGUGACCCUGAUAUCCGACCAGUCAAUGGACAGUUUUUCGUCAACAGGGAUGGUAGUUUAUUCCGUUAUAUCCUGGACUUUCUGAGGACUUGUGAACUCACCCUUCCUCCUGACUUCUCUGAUUUUAACAGAUUGGCAAGGGAAGCAGAUUUCUACGAUCUCCCAUCUUUGGUUGACCUUCUCAACCAGAACCGUUUCAAACAAAGACCUGAGAUCUUGGAGGUAAGAUUCUCCUCCAGGAAACAUUACUCUUUUUUCAGACUUUUCUGUUCCUGUAACAGUACCAUCGAAACAUUGGCUGAUCGGAUUGUAGUCUAUGCAGAACAGCCUGGCGAGAACUGGAACCACUCAUUCUCAGCCCAGAAAUUGAUGGCUCCAGUAUCAUUACAGAGGCCUUCUCAUCACGAUCUAGUCUUUCACUGUGGAACUGACUACUCAACUGGGGAUGAGCUGUCAAGGUAUGUGUCGAUUCAUCCCGAUCAAAGAAAGCUUAUCAAUGGCAACAAUGUCCUGGGUCUACUUGUUGACAUUUUAUUGAGGGAAGGAUUCCGUCUCAUCAGCACCAGGACAAUUUCUCCAAAGGAAAAAGUGGAAUGUUAUACGUUCGAGCGAACCAGGAGAAGUGAGCUUCUUACUAUUUCUGAGCAGCAGGGAGGCGAAAGUGUGAAUGCAGUAUAUUUAAAAUCAGGAAAAUCACAGUCCAAAAGGAAAUGAUAAACUGCACCAUGUCAGAACUGUCAACAGGUUCUGCGUUGUGGCACAUUUUGAUUAAAAGCAUAUGGAUAUGUUUAAGAACAUUUACCACAUAUGUAUUGAUUCAAAUUUCAUUUUGUAUUGUAUCAUGUUGUAGAGAAGACAUCUACCCAGCAUGGAACCAUGGAACACCCCUGAUUUCUUGCGGGGAGAUGUAAUGUAGUUGUCAAGAAUAUUUUGGUAAAUCCAUUCAAAUAAAAAUUAAUGUUACUUGGA